UUUAUUGUCUUACAUACAUGCUUUCAAGAGUAUAGUAAGGUACUUUUUGGAAAGGGGGAAUUGGCCAGUCUUUCUUCGCUAAGCUAGAAAGAAUGUUAUUCUUACAAUAAUUGUCCAGGAUGAGUUUAGCAAUCGGUGGUUUGAAGAGGAUGUUGAGCUCUCAGGAGAGAAGGCAGCAUGGCCAAGGAAACAAAAGGCCCUGAGCAGAUGGACAUGGUGUAAGGCUGCUGUGGAUUCCUGUGGGUGAGCUGUCUGUCUGUCCUGGGAGCGAGGCUGUGCCUGGCUCCAGCAGGGUCCUGGCCCCUUUUGUUCCAAGGCAGUGUGUGGCACGGCGUCCUGUGCAAUGCACACGUCAGUGCCCAGGACGUGGAAAUGAUUCAGUGUUUUGUGGGAAUAAGGCGCCACUCCUGGUUCUGAGAGCUCUGGAUAGCUCUGCUUUUCUAAAUGCUUGAGUUGCUCCACAGCCAGCACUUACACUCUGCCCAUGACCCUGUCCCAGGAAGGGCUGCUGGAGGAGAUAAGAGAGGAAAAAUACACUGCUGCUUGCACUCCCAUGCAGUGGGCUGCAGCUAUCAGAGAUCUCAGCCUGACCCUUUGCCAGCUGAUUCAUGCCCAGCAGUGCAGGUCUAUGAGUACCAGUCACUUUGCUUUACCCUAAAAGAGCUCAGACACACACUCAUUGUAUCCCCAGGAGAGAUGCUCUUUGUUUCACAUCCACGUUACCUUCCCCUCCUGAGCUUUCUCUCCAGAAUUAUUUGCUGACAUGCACCUGGCUGGUCGGAACAGCUAGAAAUCUCCAAACCAGCAGAGAGGUUGCUGAGCUGUGGGGCUGAUCAGCUGGGACCACUGAAGUUGGAUAAACAAUAUGCCCAGGGAAACCUUGGCUGGAAAGGUCUCACCUGCACAGGUAAAUUGCCUGCCUGUGAUGCAGAACUGUCAGGUGGGCUUCCCAGUGCAACAGGGCAGAGACAGCAGCCUGAGCAGUGCUUGCACUGGGGACAGCACUGACUUCCUUGGGAAGGCCACUGUGGUUUGAAGAAACUCAAGCCCCUGGUUAACAUCACACAGCUGAUGUAUCCAAAACUCCCUGUCCCAUGCCCCAAGCACCCUGCUGGCAUUCACAAAGUCGGAUCAAGGAAGGCUGGUCCUCCAAGGAGCAGUAAGGCAGGGAGGCUGCCAGACCAUCUCCAUUUCUGCAGUGUGAACUCUGAGAGUGGUGACUUUCUGAAACUGCUCUGACCUUCUGAGUGGCAGUGAUGUCUGUGAGCAGCUCUGCCUACCCUGCCCGUGCUGCCCAGUUCCCUCUCCUCCAGCACAGGCAAAGGGAUCAGUGCCUGCUAAGCAAUGCAUCUUUUUGCCUUUGCAUGAGCUGUCCAUUGCUUCCUUGAGGAAUUUAUCUAGUUUGGACUAGAUGGUUCUGGGCAAACCCUGAGAACCAGCACUGGGACCACAUCUUUUCCAAGGGAUUUCUAUGUCAUCUUGGAAAAGGAGACAGACCUCCUAGUAGGGAGCUGUCAGCUCAGGGGAAGCCCCCAAGUGUCCCAAUAGCAUCUCCAUCCUCCUGGCCUCAGCAAAUGCCAUCACUGUCUGCAGGAUGUGUGCUGGGACCAGCUACACCUGCAGCUCUGCCUCUCCCGGUUCUCGUGGGUUUCUUUGUGUGCCUCAGACAGUGUGUCAGAUGUCUUGAGGAAGGAGAUGCGUGAGCAUCCCAUGACAGGGAGUGCUGGGACAGGGACAGCCCCAGUGCUGUGUCUGGAGUCUGGGGCAGCAGCGAGGCAAGAGUGGGGCAGGAGCUCUGGGAGUGAUGAUGGGUGGGGAUCAGGGUGGUUUAUGGGCUCAAAGCAACUUUCCCAGCCACGGGGAAUAUUUUAGCCAGGGACACCUUGCAUGGAGACAGGGGAGGAAUGCCAGUAAAAUGUGGAGACAAGCUCCUUGCAGCUCAGAGCAGUGGCUGUUUCUCGCCAGCCCUUGUCUGUCGUGUGCCGCUAUCACCGGGUCAGGUCGCAGGAGUGUCUCCAAUUAACCCAGCCCCCUGGUGAUUCUUAAUUGGCACUCCAGGCUUUCCUCCUCCCCCUUCUUGCCACACCACGAGUUUCUCACCUCUACAUCUGCUGCUAAGCCUCUGCUCCCAGCAUCCCAGCCACUGCUGGGAGCCAGUGACCAUAACCCGUAUUUACUCCCUGAAGGAGGCAGUAGCCAUCCCCUGGCUCGGGCAGUGUCCGGAGGCUGUCCCUGCUCGGUCCCCAGCCUCGGGCUGUGUGGCAGGAGGAGGGGCUGUGGCUGCAGGGAUGAGCGCGGAGCCUGGGGACAGGUCUGGGCUUCAGUGCAGAGCAGCUGGGAAGUUCCGGGAGGGAUUUUUGGCAGGUAUUUCCUGGGAGAAUACCAGAGUGGGGGAGAGACGGCUGCUGCUGUUUCCUCUUUCCAGAGACCAGUGGACACAUUUAACCCUUCAGGUGCCACUCCCAGAGAUGGGCCAUGUACGUGAAUGACCAGAACUGGAGCAGGGCUGCAGGCUCAUCAUCCUGUCCCGGGCUUGCUGCUUUGCCCUGUCUUAGCAAGGGCUUGGGGUGAGUCCUGGGCAUGUUUGGGGCUGCCCUGCAGCACUGCAGGUGCUUUGACCAUGGCUGGGAUCCACAGGCUGCAUGUUCUCGUGCUGAGUUGUCUCACCCAUGGUUAAGUCCAAUAAAAUGGAUCUUCAUCCUGCUGCUCUGACAAUGAACCAGGACCAUCCCCAGAAGGACUGUGGCUUCUGCAGGUCUCCCCCACUGUGUCACCAGGACACCCACACAAAGGUAGAGGUGAUGCCCUGAUUCAGAUGUGGAGAAACUGAGUCUGGGCAAGACACAGGAACUCCUGAACAGAGGCCAGCCCUGGGAAAACUGAACACUGGCAGGUUCGCAAGGGCUGGUGGCUGGGGAAAAGGGCCCGCUGCUUUCAGGAAAGCUGGAGGCUUGUGUAGGGAGGAGACCAGAGCUGGAACAUCCUCCGUGGGAGAAUGUGGUGCCUGGACCCUCCCACACCCCAGACAGCCCGGCUGGGGCUGGCUCGGCAGGCUGGGGGUGCCCGUGCAGCUCUCCCGGCUCUGCUCCGCUUUCCUGGCCCCACGGGGCUGUCCUGAGUAGGGCCAGCCUGUCGAGACCUGUCCCUUUUAAGCCCUUGGAGCUGUUUCCAGCCGUGCCUUAGUGGGGUCUCCAUCCUUUCAACUGGCUGUUCGGCAAAUUAAGAGCAUGCUAUUAGGCUGCUAAUUAAAGGCACUUCAUUAGCAGCAGGGGAGGCAGCUCCUGGCCGCAGCAAAAUUGGAUUCCUCUGAGCUGCCAUGAGCCGAUUUCUCCUCUCUGGGGCUGGGGGCUGUGUCCCUCCGUGUCCGGGGAAGCUGCCUCGACCAUGGCCAUGGGCUACCAGCCUCUUCCCGAGCGCAGGGCAUGGGGCACAUCCACCCCACGGUGGGGGAGAGCCCGGGGGUGUUCGGGGUGCUGCGGGGCCGCCCCCUCGCCGCCAGCCUCGGGCAUGGUGCAGUGGUGCUGCCCCACUUACGGUUCCCGGGGUCACUCCCGUUUAGAGGGGACACGCGAGAGCUCUCAGCGGUGGCAGAGCAUCACCUCUGUGGUUCCGCCGCCCCCAGGCUGCGCCGUGGCCCCUCAGCGGGCUGAGCAGUCCGCAGGUGCUGCCCCUGCCCCCGGAGGGGAGAGGCUCCCGGACUCCUCCUCCGGCCGCUCAGGCGCCUCCAAUGAGCCCCGGGGGCGCCCGGGCUGUCCUGCUCUGCCCUGCCUUCCCUUCCCUCACUCCUCGUUCUUCUAUCUAAAAAUGGGAGAGACCAGCCGGGCCGCCGGACCGGGGCUGCCUUCCUCCCCCUCUUCCUCUCCUCCCGCCCCGCGCUCCGCCUGCAGCCCGGAGCCGUCAGUCGGGGAAGGGACCCCACGGCCCGGCGGGGACAUCACCGGGCACCUCACCUUCCCCCUGAUGUCUGUCACCCUUCUGGUAUCCUUUGGCUCCUCCAUGCUCUAUGGCUACAACCUUGCUGUGGUGAACUCACCGGCAGAGCACAUAAAGGCUUUCUACAACGCCACGUGGUCCCAGCGGUUCGGGCACGGGCUGGCCCCCGGGCCCCUGACCCUGCUCUACGCCCUGACCGUCUCCAUCUUCGCGCUGGGCGGGCUGCUGGGCUCGCUGCUGGUGGGGGCGCUGGUGCAGCGCUACGGCAGGAACGGCGCUCUGAGCCGCAGCGCUCUCCUCGUCCUCCUGGCCGGCAGCUUCAUGGGCCUCAGCCGGGAGCUGGGAUCCCCCGAGAUGGUGAUCAUCGGCCGCUCCAUCACGGGGCUGCACUCAGGUAUCUGUCUCAGUGUGGUGCCCCUCUACCUGGGAGAAAUCGCUCCCAAGAACCUGCGGGGAUUCCUGGGCCUCAUGCCCAGCAUCUUCAUCUGCCUGGGGGUUUUCUCUGCCCAGGUCCUGGGCCUCCCUGAACUGCUGGGCAAGGACAGGUUCUGGCCCCUUUUCUUGUCAGUGGUGGUUGCUCCUGCCUCCCUCCAGCUUCUGCUGCUGCACUGCUUCCCUGAGAGCCCUCGGUACCUGCUGAUAGAGAGAAACGACAUCUGUGGGGCCACCAAAGCGCUGCGCUGGUUCCUGGGGACCCCCGACGUACAGGAGGUGAUGGAGGAGAUGAAGGAGGAGCAGCGGUCGCUCUCCUCCCUGGAGAUGGUGUCUGUGUGGCAGCUGCUGCGGGACCGCUCAGUGCGCUGGCAGACGCUCUCGGUGGCGGUGGUGAACGCCGGCAUGCAGCUCUCGGGGAUCGACGCCAUCUGGUUUUACACCAACGCCAUCUUCGAGAACGCCGGGAUCCCGGUGUCCGAGAUCCCCUACACCACCAUGGGCACCGGCGCCAUUGAGGUCAUUGCCGGGCUGAUCGGGUGCUUCACCAUCGAGAGGGUGGGCCGGCGGCCCCUCAUCAUCACAGGUUUCUGUGCCAUGGGUGUCUGCUCGGCUGGCAUCACCAUCUCUCUGCUGCUGCAGGCCGCCCUGCCCUGGAUGCGCUACGUCAGCGUCGCCUGCGUGGUCGGCAUCAUCGCUGGCUUCUGCAUGGGACCAGCCGGUGUCCCGUUCCUGAUGACAGCUGAGCUCUUCAUGCAGUCGCACCGCCCGGCUGCCUACAUUGUGGGGGGCUCUCUCAACUGGCUCUGCAACUUCACUGUCGGCUUCAUCUUCCCCUUCUUGCAGAUGUCAGCGGGUGCCUUUUGCUACCUGGUUUUCUGUGGUGUCUGCCUGCUGGUGGCCCUGUAUGUCUACCUUGUCAUCCCUGAGACCAAGAACAAAACCUUCAUGGAGAUCAGCCACCUCUUCGCCACGCGCCGCUCCAUCCUCUCUGCCCCAGCCCAUCUCAUUGGGAUGAGGAAGCUCGAUGGCUAUGGGACUUUGGAGAGCAGCUCCCUGGAGGGCUCAGGCUCCAGCCUGCCCUGAUCUGAGUGAACUGGUCUCCCAGGACAUGUCUCCAUGGCACAAUCUGCACCCAGGAUGAGCCCCACUGAUGCACCAAGGUUGCUCUGACUGCUGGGCAUGACCCCCCUGCUGGAAGAGAUGCCCCCACAGAGACAAGGGAACCUCCUGAGGCCGGGGGUUCUCAUUGCUCCUGGGUGUGGGGCCUUGGCAAGAGCUUCUGGCAUGAGCUGUUUAAUAAAGAGCAUUGCCACCAGAGCCAUUGUUUGGCAAGUUUAGCCUGGAAUGGCAGCAAGCAGGAGUGUGGUGGAAUGGGUGGGUGCUUCUCCGGUACUAGGGAAGAGCAGAAUGCAAAGGGGGGCUUUUCCUCCUCCCUACUGUGACUGGCUGGAAAGGUCAAAGUCACCCCACAUUUUCUAGGAAGGGUAGUCAGGAUGGCUCCCGGGCUCUUGCAUCUCACCCCAAGUUGGUCAGGCAAAGCUGGAGGUUGUUGCAGAAGGGACAUGGAGCAGCUCUGGGGUGACUGUCCAGCCACUGUGCCCCUCCACAGACUGCUGGAAGCCCUUGGUGCCUGGCCUCAUAUGCUGGCCCCACAGAGUGCUCCCAUGGGAACCUUGCACACUCCCAAUUUCUCUGGUGUAUCCCAGGAUACACCCUCAUCCCCUUACUGCACCCCAUGGACUGCUGUGACCCCGAAGUGCUCUCCAAGCACAACCUCUGCCAUGUCUCUGCCCUGAAUCCUGGGGGCUGUGCUUGGAGGGAGAGGCUGCCCUAUGUCCCAGGACCCCCCAAUAGCAGCUCCCACAAGUACCACGGUAGACUAUGGAGUUCCCAGACUUCCA